AAUGAUGGAGGUGCUGGCGAUGCACCAUCGCAUGUCUUGCAACGAGCUAUGGUGAAGAGAGUACGUACGGUUCAAGCAUCAGUUUGAACCUUGAGGACAUACCAGAGAUUUGUGCCUCAAUCGUGUGUUCCACUGUGCUGCCUCGUUGGUCUCUAUUUGGGAGGUGAAGUUGCGGCGCAACUACCAAGAUCUGUUGGAUCUCAUGCCGCCGAAGUGCCACCAAAUCCUCUCCAAGAAGGACAUCUUUGUGCUCCUCUUAUGGCCCCAACCAUUCGACCUCGACCACCAGAUGCAGUAACUUUUGGUGGCAUGCACUGCAUUUUGCAUGGUGUUGUUGGAAGAGAGAGUGCACAUUUCAAGAAAAGGAUAGGAGACAUUUUGGUGUUGUGACGUCCAAGGCCCGCCAAACACACUCUCCGUCUUUUACGGAAAGGUAAUAUUCUCCAACUCGAGUUCAACACACAAGACAAACAACAUCACAAGUGAAGAAAGAGAGAGAUAAAAAAAUAAAAAAGUACUUACCAUAUUACUGACUACCACUUCUAUCCGUCCAAUGCAACAAACGAUGUUGCAAAACUAUUAUAAACAACUCAAAGGUCAAACAUACACAACUUGGACUCAACUUGUGUUGGAUCUCUAUUUAGGCCCCCCACACAGCACACCCUUCUCAAAUUGAUGAGUCCAUUCCUCCUUCUCAUGUAAUCCAUUCAUAAUUAAUUUUUAUUUUAGGUCUUCAUAACUUACAUAACAUCAUUAUUCAUUUUCCAACAACUUUUGGCUUCAUGGAAAACCAAUUCUUUCUCAAUGCUGGUGUGCCCCCUCAGCUGCAUUUUGAGCCUUCACCACACGGUCACCAACCUUGUCCACCACCCUCUUGGCAAUCAUCACUGUCUUCUGCCAUGGAUGUUCAAGUCACCGUUUUGAAUUGUUCAACUGAGCAGACCCAGGAUUGCUUCUACAACACCACCCCAACAUGGGACAAGUCAACGGAUCAUGGCCUUCAGUUUGAUUCAGCUCUGAGUUCAAUGGUGUCCUCUCCUGCAGCCUCCAAUUCCAACAUAUCAAGUGAGAAUUUUGUCAUCAGGGAAUUGAUAGGAAAAUUGGGAAACAUUGGUGGUGGUGGUGGUUCAGAUGAGAUCUCACCUCAUUCUCAGCCUUUGGUUGGUGCAUCUUUCUACAUCAAUUGCAAUAAUAAUAGCACCAACACUUCAUGUUAUAGCACCCCUUUGAGUUCUCCUCCAAAGGUGAACACGAUCAAGAUCCCCACAAUGGUGAACCACUUGGUGAAGGAGGGCAUGCCCCCAAGUUUGGAGACACCAAUGUCCUUGAAUUCCACUGUGGCUAAAUUCUCAGCUGAUCCUGGCUUUGCUGAGAGGGCUGCAAAGUUUUCAUGCUUUGGAAGUCGGAGUUUGAAUGGCAGGACCACCCAAUUGGGACUCAACAAUGCUGAAUUGGCUCAGAGAUCUUCAUUGGUGGAAAAUGGGAAGCGGCUCCCUAGAGUCUCAAGUAGUCCAUCACUCAAAGUGCUUGAAUCUCAAAUGGGUACUCAGGAGAACAAAAAUUCUCGAUUGCAAGACCUAAUGGAAUUGGCCAAUUCUCAAGAGGAAUCCACAAUCUCUGAACAGACCCCAAAUGGGGACACUGGGGUGAAGCCUUCCCCUUAUGUGAAUUCUAGGAAAAGAAAAGGUCCAUCCAAAGGAAAAGCCAAAGAAACUUCAGCCUCUAUUAACCCCCCUAUGGCUGCUGAAGCUAGUGAAGACUGGAAUGCGAAACGCAGCAAGCCUAAUGCGGGUGAGGGGAAUGAAAAUUGCCAAGUUAAGGCAGAGGAAGAGUCCAAAGGGGGUAAUAGUAAUGCAAAUGAUGAGAAACAGAACAAGAGUAACUCAAAACCUCCUGAACCUCCAAAGGAUUACAUUCAUGUUAGAGCAAGAAGAGGUCAAGCCACUGAUAGUCAUAGUCUUGCAGAAAGAGUUCGGAGGGAGAAAAUCAGUGAAAGAAUGAAGCUUCUCCAAGAUCUUGUCCCAGGUUGCAAUAAGGUCACGGGUAAAGCACUAAUGCUUGAUGAAAUUAUAAACUAUGUUCAGUCAUUGCAGCGCCAAGUUGAGUUUCUGUCUAUGAAGUUGGCUUCUGUUAACACCAGGCUGGAUUUUAGUAUUGAGAGUCUAAUCUCAAAAGAUAUAUUUCAAUCAAAUAAUUCUUUGGCACACCCAAUAUUCCUGAUAGAUUCCUCAGCACCACCCUUUUAUGGGCAACACCCUCAGCCAAACCCAGCAGUCCACAAUAACAUUCCUAAUGGAACUAUGACCCACAACUCAGUGGACCCAUUAGAUACUGGUUUGUGCCAAAACCUUGGCAUGCAUUUACCACACCUAAAUGAUUUUAAUGAAGGUGGUUCUCAGUAUGCAAAACCAUUCUCUGAAGAUGACCUCCACACCAUUAUUCAGAUGGGAUUUGGCCAAAAUGCAAAUAGGAUAACACCAAUACAAUCUCAGAGUUUCAACGGCUCAAAUCAAGUACCCCUAUGAAAAUCAAGCUCUGAUCACCAUUCAUUACGGCUGAAUUGAAGCUUGGAGGAAUAGGAAGACUACUGCUGUACACAACAAGAAGGGAUUUAAUUUGAACGACCCCUUGAAUUAUUAAGCCAUUGUUAUCACUAGGUCUAAUAGAACCUUCUUUUGUCCUUAUGUUAGCCAUUUUCUUUUCUUACCCUUUCCAUGAGUUUAAUUUUUAAUCAUCAGGGGCAGUUCUUUUCAAAUUUUUUUACAACUUCUUCACUGUAAAAUCUUUAGGACCGAUUCUGAUUUCUCUUGGUGCAAAUUCUUAUUUUUACGGCACCAAUUGUAAGAUAUAGUGCAAAUUAAAGGAGUUUUUCUACUACCCGCUAUUAUGAUUAUCCCUCCUCA